AUCUAGAUAUUAUUUUCAAGUCUCCUACGAAAAAAGGAAUAUAGGAGAUAUUUGUCAAUGUCAAGUGUGAACUGGAGAAAAUAAAAUAAGAAGAAAGUGGUCGACUGGUCAACAAUGGCUACUUCAAGUCUGUAGUAAAAGGCUUCUCAUUCUCUGUUUUGCUGAGAAGAAAGAAAAUGCUACUUAUUCUCAACUCUCAAGUGAAAUACAGAGUGGAGAAAAACCAUCUUUAUAUUAUUUAAUUUAUUUCUCUCAUUUGCGAUCAUCCCUAUUUAGUAUUUCUUUAUCGCCUUCAAUUGUAAACUCCUCUUGUAAGCUCUCGAAGUCUACGAUUCUUCUCAAGAAAAUAUUCGAGUUUAAUUUUCAAGUUCCUACAUCUAUCUUCAAUUUGAAUAUCAGAUGGUGUAAAUCUUGGGUAUCAAUUUCGAGUAGUGGACUCAGGACUGGAGGGGAAUCUUCCAUCCAAACAACUUCAUCUGCCAGAUUUGUGGCAAACUUAGCCAACGAGUGAGCUAUAGAGUUUCCAGUCCGGCCGCUUAAUACCAGACACAGAGGCAGAGCUGACCCUGAAAUUAAGCUGUUGGAUCUCGUACCAGGUCUCUCGUCUGGCGAGCAACAAGUCAAAGCAUGGCCCUCUAUUUCUCUUCUUUCCACUCACCACUAUUAUCCAAGUUCCAACGUACAUGAUUGGAAGAAGGGGAGCCUAACAAUUCAGCGACAGAACUAGGAGCGAGUUUGAAAGCGAAAAUGGAGUCGGCUAUAGUAGAACUCUUGAUUGACAAUAUCAUUUCAGCUCUCGCAACUAAAGCGUCGCUGUUAUGGGGGGUCCGUGAUGCAAUUGCAGAUAUCAAGCAUGAGUUGACAAGCAUGCGGUCUUUAUUAAUAGAUGUAGAUAAAAGGGGAUCAAGCAGUGCCGGAGAGGAAACUUGGGUGACAAAUGUGAGGAACACAGCAUAUGAUGUAGAAGAUGUUAUUGAUAUGUUCAUGUAUCAUGUCAAUAGCCAACAAAUUGGGGGUCGAUUUGCUUGGUUCCUUCACCAUACAAUUUACAUUCCACAGACUUUUUGGGUGAGGCAUAAAAUAGCCUGCAAGUUACAGAAUAUCAAUAAGACAAUCAAGACAACUUCAGAGUUAAAUCAGAAAUAUCAUGUUGAUCCUAUAGAGGGGAAAAGUUCAGAAUAUUUUCACAAAUGGGUUGUGCGGCAUGCUGAAUCAUCUUUGUUUGUCGAAGAAGAUGAACUUGUAGGGAUCAAAGAUAAAAGAAAACAAUUGAUGAUGUGGUUGAUGGAUAGAGAACAACAGACUGUCAUUUCAAUCUUGGGGAUGGGAGGAUCUGGCAAGACCACACUAGUUGCCAACAUCUACAACAAUGACGCUGUAAAGAGACAUUUUGAUUGUUAUGCAUGGAUCACUGUCUCCCAAAAAUAUGAUGUAGAAGACUUAUUGAGGAGCAUGAUUAAGGAAUUCUAUGAGUCAAAGAAGGAAACAAAUCCAUCAGACUUGAGUUCCAUGAACUACAGACUGCUUGUAAAUAUGUUGGUGAGCUACUUAGAGAAGAAAUCAUAUCUAAUUGUCCUAGAUGAUGUUUGGGACACAAAUGUCUUGGAUGAACUAAAAGUAUCACUUCGAGAUAGAUAUCCUGGGAGCAAAAUCAUCCUUACAACUCGUGAAGAUGAUGUAGCUCACCAUCCUUUUAUGGGUAUACCUUAUGUUCAUUGUAUUCAAUUGCUAGAACCGGAUGAGGCAUGGGAACUCUUUUGCAAGAAAGCAUUCUUAGGCAGUCCAAAUAGAAUCUGUCCACCAGAGCUUAAAUCUUUUGCUCAGGAACUUGUAAGAAAAUGUAAAGGCCUACCUCUGGCAAUUGCGGCUUUGGGCAGUCUUAUGUACUCCAAGAAUGAUACGUCUCAAUGGAAUCAAAUUAAUAGCAGCUUGAAUUGGAAUCUAAGUAACAAUCCUGAGCUAGAAGCAGUGAAGAGCAUUUUGUUGCUUAGUUUCAAUGAUUUACCAUAUCAAUUGAAGCACUGUUUCUUAUAUUGCUCUCUUUUCCCAGAAGAUUAUGGGAUUCAAAGAAAAAGGCUCAUUAAGCUAUGGAUUGCAGAAGGAUUUGUAGAAAAAUUUGAAGGGUCCACUCUAGAAGAAGUAGCAGAUAGCUAUCUAUUAAAACUCACUUUCAGGAACAUGCUUCAAGUUGUAGAGAGGAACGAAUUUGGAAGGCCACGGAAAUGUAAAAUGCAUGAUAUUGUGCGGGAGCUUGCUCUAUCAAUAUCAGUCAAAGAAAAUUUUGGUGUUGUACAUGAUGGAGGAGAAGAAAUGAUAGAAUGCAAAGCACGCCGCAUUUCAAUUCACCAAACCAAUGGAGAAGUCAAAUCAUUUACGGGUAUGUCAAAGCUCCGUUCUUUUCUUGUUUUCAACAAGAGUUUGAAAGCAUUGCCUUUGGGAUGUAAAUUGUUAAGGGUUUUAGAUUUGGAGGAUGCCCCCAUUGAUGUAUUGCCUGAUGAAGUAUUCAAAUUAUUCAACUUAAGAUAUUUGAAUUUAAGGAGAACUUUAAUUAAGAAGCUCCCAAAUUCCAUAGGGAGGCUCCUUAAUCUUCAAACCUUGGACAUUAGGGACACACAAAUAGAGGCCCUUCCUCAUGGAAUUGCAAAGUUGCAAAACUUGCGGCAUUUAAUUAUGUAUCGCUUCACUAGAAAUUGGAAUGACUUCAGAUAUUUAACAGGAAUGCAAAUACUACCAAAUAUCAGUAGGUUAAAGAAUUUGCAAACUGUAGGUAUUGUUGAAGCAAAAGGUGACUUUAUAAGAAAAAUUCGGAGCAUGGGGCAACUCAACUCGAUCGGUAUUUCAAAUGUGAAAGAAGGAGACGAGAAGGACUUAUGUGUCUCAAUUGAAAACAUGAGACAUCUUAGGGCAUUGACUAUCAUGGUAACUAAUGAGGAGGAAACUCUCCGUAUGGAUGCACUCUCAUCUCCUCCUCCCAACCUUCAAAAGCUUUUUUUGACUGGAAAACUAAAGAAGGUGCCACAGUGGUUUUGUUCACUUCAAAGCCUCACAUAUUUGCUUUUGCGUUGGUCAAGACUGGAAGAAGAUGUACUCCCUCACAUCGCUGCUUUGCCCCAUCUGGGAGCUCUUAUACUUACUAAUGCCUAUGUUGGAAAACAGCUAUGUUUCAGUACAGGCUUUCUUAAGCUUACACAGUUAUGGAUUCGUAAUUUCCCACAAUUGAAUGAUAUAAUAAUAGAAAAGGGGGUGAUGCCAAAUCUGAAAAACCUAGUGAUUGACAGCUGCAUGGAGUUAAAGACAGUGCCCAAUGGCAUUGAAUACCUUCAAAAUCUCCGAGAACUGUUUCUAACAUCUGUCUCAAUGGAACUUAAAAUUCGCAUUGGCAACAUGGACAUUCCAAAGGUGCAGCACAUUCCAAAGAGGUACAUCUGGUAUAAUUCAGAAUGUUUCACAAAGUGUUGCGGUGCAUCCCAAAGAUAUACAGCUAGUAGUAAUUCGGGAAUGUUUCAUGAAGAAUGGUGCUGAAGAUUAUGAGUUUGCCUUGUUUGCUUCAAAAGGAUUCUGUUUUGUUUGGAGCUCUAAUUCUAAGUAUUGUUUGGGUAUUCUGGUUAUUGUUCAAUAAAUUAAUACUCAAUACUUUGUUUCUUAUUUGUUUGUAAUAAAUGUAAAAGUUUGAACUCCAAGAUGCCUUCAUGGUAGUUUGUUGGAAAAUUGUCACUUUUUCAACCGUGGAUUGUAAUUUGUAUAUGUAAUUUAGCUUGUGUAAACCAUUAACAUC